CGUACCUUUGCUGUGCCAUUACGGCCGCCUCCAGUGUAUUUGCGCUUCAUGUCUGCGAGGUCGAGCGACGGACAGACAUUGAGCUACACAGGACAAGCAAAAGGAAAUAGAGCCGGUGAAGGGAGACGCAGCUGACAUGUCUCUAGCAUUCACCAUAGUGGAUCAGGAAGCACGUGCUGGCGCACCCAACAUUCACCACAUAUGCUAAUACCCGCUGCUUAACAUUCGACUCGCGCUCAAAGAAAUGAACCGAAUACCUUCAACGUUAACAAGUUGGCAUUGUCUUAAGAUGUCACCACUCGAAGCCGAGGUCUCUCCCUUCGACAAUGCCGGCGCCAAACCUAGCGCUGUGACUCACAGCGUGGCCGAGGAACAGGAUCAGCAAGAUGUCGCGCUUACAGCUGGAACACCUGCUAAAGACGCGGCUUUCGAUACAGCAGAACUCGUGGAGAAUGUGCUCGUCUAUCUCGAUGUCUGCGACAUCGUCAAAGCGCAGCGCAUUUGCAAAUUUUUCCGCAAUGUGAUCGCUUCGUCCGUUGCAAUUCAAGAGAAGUUCCUCGUUCGACUCCGCCAUAAAGGCCAGAUCUGGCGAGUUCAGGAGCAUGGAAAUCCAGGUCCACACCUCAUAGGUCCGCAUCGCCUGACACUCGUCUCGGAGACAUAUGAUUUGCCCGAAGGCAUCAGGGGGUACACGGAAGACGACGAGAAUCGCUGGAUGCCCAACGCAGUCAACGCCCUAUUGGUCCAACCCAACCGCCCCGACGACAUUCUCGACAUCUUGCUCACUAGUGCCGAAGUUCACGCCGGUCCGAAGCUGCUGAAGGGAUUGCAACAGAUUCUAGCUGGAGUUGCCGCCCCACUGCUUGAAAAGAUGCAUUUCACGGACGGACCUACGCCAGGUGUGACAAUCGAUAUCGAGUGGGCCUUCCCUGAACGAUCUGAGUACACCUGCCGUACGUGGAUCACAGCACCCUACAGACGCGAGGGAUGGACGAUCGGGCACAUCUUCAAAGCUGUUACGCGGAACCCUUUCGCUACUGCAUUCUUCUGCACUCAUAUCUUCACGUCUAGCAGAGAUGGGGUCGAAGUCACAAAGGAUGUCAGGUAUGGACUAUUCGGAGAUCUGAACAGAGAGAUCUUGAGGCGUUGGGGGCCAGAAGCUCACGUCCAGGCUAAGGAGGUCUCCUUUGGCCUCUCGCGAAUCAUGCUGCCGUGGGAAGAGCUGAAGGACGGACUUGUGUUGCAAAUCAUCGAUGAUGAGUAGACGAGAGGACCAUGAUUGUAUGAUUUGAGUUACGCUUUGAGAACUCUUCGCAGCAACGAGCGCGCACGGAGCUCUCCAGUGAGGCAAGCAGCUGCCGUAUACCGAGUCGAGCUGUUUCGACGAAGGCCACCGAAGCGUGAAGUACGAGAUACACAAUAGAUGCGGACACAUUAGCUGCGGAUGAGUGCAACGCAAACCACGUGUAUUAUUAGCAGAUUCGGCCUUCACCAUAUCGUACCUUCAUUUUCCGUUGUUCCAAUACUC